AUGGAUCCGUCAGAGUCCCCCCGCGGGACGUCCGACGAGUUCAACAACCACAAUCACAAUCACAAUCACAACCUUGAUGACGAGCUCGCCGACCAGAAACCCAGAGUGCUGCCGGACGAUCUGCCCACCUCGUUGGACGAUCGCCGCUCCGUGCCCGUGUUUCAGGAGACGGAGAUCUAUGAUGCCUGGCAAGGCCAAUCCCAAUUCCUCACCACCCCUGUCGCCGCAAAACCGCUCAGCUUCAGCCUCGCGCUCGACGACCACUCCCACGACGACGAACAUAACCUGCAAGCGCAGUACGGCCGCGGGCUCGGCGCCUCGCUGGACGACGACAAUGCGUCGACGAUCACCGCGCGCCUGGAGGACAGCGACGCCCGGUUGAUGGAGAUGCUGGCCGCGCAGGCCGCGCAUCGCACGCUCGAGUCCCUCGACGCGGACGAGGACGCCAUCGCGACGGACAACAAGAUGCCUGACGCCGAGAAGCGGAGUAUCCUGCAGCGCAGCCUGAAUAUGGCGGCGAGUAACGGCGAUGUGGACCGCGUGCGGAAAUUGGUGCAGGGCAAGGCGAGGGAGUUUGUGGACGUGAAUAUGCCCGAUGAGGAGGGGACGGUGCCGUUGAUCUAUGCGAGCUGCUUUGGGCAUCAGGACGUGGUUUCUGCGCUGCUGGGGGCGGGCGCCAACGUCGACCAGCAGGACCGCAACCAGUGGAGCGCGCUGAUGUGGGCGAUGACCAACCGCCAUAAGACCAUUGCGAAGAUAUUGCUGGAUCAUGGGGCGUCGCCCGAUAUCAAGUCCUCGUCCGGCGGGACUGCGUUUGACUUCGCGCAGCCUGGGAGCGAAAUCUCCGAGUACCUCCAUGAGAAUGGCUAUAAUUUCGGUCCCAGUGCAAUUGAGGAUGAUUUCUACGAUUCCGGGUUCGCCCAUAGCCGCUUCGAGGAAGAGAUCGCGGAGAAUGAGAUGAAACGCCGCAUGAUGAUGGAGGAGAGUGCUAUCAACCUGGAAGUCGAUCUGUCGAGCCUGGGGCUCGACGAGAAGUUCGAGGUGAGUUCGCAGAUUCCGCACAUCGUGCACGGGAAGUGCUUUGCUGACCGCGGUAAGCCGCUCGACGAGGACGAGCUGGAGGAAGAGCAGCAAGAGUUCGUCUGGGAUCGAUGCCUCAACGACCAGAUGUUCGUAUUCCAGGAGAACGAACUGGAAAGAAUCCUCGAUAUCAUCAUCACCAACAUGACCCCGCAACGCUCCCCAGCACAGAAACCAGUCCCGGCAAACCUCCUGUUCCUCAGCGCCCGAUAUGCCCAUUACCACGCCAGCCCUGAAUUACUGGCUGACCUCCUGAACUCCGCGACGGCGAAGAUCAACGACGUUGUCGAACGCCACCAGUGGGAUAUGACUAUUCUUGCAUUCUGGAUGUCGAACGCCACGCUGCUCCUUCACUACCUGAAGAAGGACGCAGGUCUGGUGGAGUCGACCGUGGAGUUCCAGCUUCACCUGGCGGAACUCAUCAACGAGAUCUUCAUCUUGAUCAUCCGUGACGCUGAGCGUCGGAUGAACAAGGUGCUUGACGCGGCGAUGCUGGAUCACGAGACGAUCCCCGGCCUGGAGGACGUCCAUUUCCAGAACGAAUGGAACAUUUUCCGAUCCAAGAACAAGGCGAAAGCCCCCGAACCCGACGAGAAGCGUUUCCGGCCUCCGUCGCCGAGGCGACGAGCCCAGGUCUCGCCGCGGAACAUCACCUCUCUCCUCUCAUCUACCCUGUUUGUCCUCGACCUCUACGACGUACAUUCCGUCAUUACUACACAGAUCCUGUCGCAGCUCCUGUACUGGCUCGGAGCCGAGCUGUUUAACCGGAUCAUGACCACGAAGCGAUACCUUGCACGAACCAAGGCCAUGCAGAUCCGCAUGAAUGUGUCUACCUUGGAGGAUUGGGCACGCUCCAACAACCGGCAGCCGGAGCACUUCGAGAAUGGCUCGACGACGAGCACGGGGGAUAGCACGAUGGACAGCGCCCGCAAGCACCUGGCGCCGGUGAUCCAACUCCUGCAGUGGCUGCAGUGCUUUUCUUCGCUGGGCGACGAUCACGAAUCCCUCGUGACCACCCUACUGCAGCUGCAACAACUGACUCCCGCGCAGCUUCUCCACGCGGUGAAAUCAUAUCGGCCCGAAGUGGGCGAGAAGGGGCUCACAAAACAAGCCAUGCGGUUUCUCAUCGACCUCCAACGCGACCCGGACCUCCUGUACCGCGAGCAAGCUAAAUUGCAGGGCGCGGCGGAGCCACCGGCGACAGAAGAUUCACCGCAGACGGACGGUCGUCCACAGACCCCUGGACGGUCGGACCGGCCGAUCAGCACGACUGGGCCCGAGUCCCCAGACGCAUCGUUGCGCGGCAUCGCAUCACCCGGCUCUGUGGGCACAUCUCCUCCACCAGGCGCAACAUCCCGACUGGACGAACGCAACGGGUCCAACUCGGUGUUCUUGGACCCGUCACUCACUCUUCCCUUCUCCUUGCCCACCAGCACCGACAUGUUGAUCAGCUACGGCGCGGGAUGGGGUGGAACCAACCGCGAACGCGCUCGCAAGUACAUCCCCACGGUGCCCCCGGAAGUUCUGAGCCGCUUUGAUCGCGAGGCGUGA